AUGAGGCUUUUAGUAUUGGGUUUGUUUAGUGUUUUGUGUCUAAAAUGUGUUUUGGCACAAGAUGUUGGUAGUGUUAUUAAUAAAAAUUUAUUUGAGAGAAUAUUUCUGCAUCGAAACGAUGCUGCUUGUGCUGCGAAAGGCUUCUAUACUUAUGAAGCUUUUAUAACAGCAACUAAAUCAUUUGCUGCCUUUGGAACUACCGGUGAUACUAAUACUCGUAAGAAGGAAAUUGCUGCCUUUUUGGCUCAAACUUCUCAUGAAACUACUGGUGGAUGGGCAACAGCACCAGAUGGACCAUAUUCAUGGGGAUAUUGCUUCAAACAGGAACAAGGAAGCCCUGGAGAUUACUGUGUUUCAAAUCAACAGUGGCCUUGUGCUCCUGGCAAAAAGUACUUUGGUCGAGGUCCUAUCCAAAUUUCCUACAAUUACAACUAUGGACCAGCAGGGAGAGCAAUAGGUGUGAAUCUGCUAAACAACCCAGAUUUGGUAGCAAAUGAUGCAGUAGUGUCAUUCAAAACAGCGUUGUGGUUCUGGAUGACACCACAGCAGCCAAAACCAUCGGCACACGAUGUCAUUACUGGAAGAUGGAGUCCCUCUGCUGCUGAUUCUGCCGCUGGCCGCGUCCCAGGCUUUGGUGUGAUCACCAACAUCAUCAAUGGUGGAAUUGAAUGUAGCAAAGGUUCAAAUGCACAAAUGGAUAACAGAAUUGGGUUCUAUAGGAGAUAUUGUCAAAUUUUGGGAGUUGAUCCUGGAAACAAUUUGGACUGUGCUAAUCAAAGGCCAUUUGGACAGUAGGCAGCUUAAUUAAUUAAUUACUGCUGCUUUAUAUGUGUGAUCUAUUUACUACGUUUGUGUAGUACGUGACACAUUAAUAACAAGGUUUGGUCCAUCUAAAAUAUGUAUUAGUUUGUUUGUGUUCCAUAAUGAAACUUCCAUUUGGUCACACACGCGAAAUAAAGUUAAAGUUUUAUGCAU